GAUGUGUGCGGGCCAGGCUGGGGUUGAAGGGGGACUGCUGAGGCAGAGAGCGUGUCCUUGCAGAGAUUUUCAAGAAAUCACCAUAGCCAUCAGAACAUAACUUCAGCGCUCGUCUCGGUAUCUGCACGAGGGUGAUUCGGUUCGGUGUUCCAUAUCGUCGUCGGUGUAUACACGAUGGCGAGCUCUGAAGGUAACGAGCCGCGGUCGUUCGCGCAGGCAACUAAGGAUCAUCUUCUUGUGGACAUGCUCAGAAGUGCCCGCGGUGGGUCGUCCACGGAAUGGAAGGUCCUCGUGAUGGAUGACGUCACUGUGAAAGUGAUGUCAACGCGUUGUCAUAUAUCAGACAUAACGGAUGAAGGGAUCUCGUUGGUCGAGAGCUUGAAGAAGAGGAGACAGCCGCUUACAACUCUCGAUGCUGUUUACUUCAUCACGCCGUCCCGUGAGAGUGUAACGAAGUUCAUGCAAGAUAUGACCGGAAGCGGCCCGCUAUAUCGGAAGGCGUAUGUAUUCUUCAGCUCAACUUUGCCCAGGGACCUGCUUGGAAGAAUCAAAGAGGAUCGGACUUUGCUCUCACGGAUUGCGGCGCUGAAAGAGGUAAACAUGGAGUACCUUGCUGUGGACACACAGGGCUUCGUUGUCGACCUCCCGGAGGCCUUGCCGCAUCUCUUCGGGGAGCAUAGUGCGGGAUCACGGGAGUUCGACUUGUGCAUCGGCAACAUCGUGACCAGGCUUACCACUGUCUUUGCGGCACUGAAGGAGCUCCCAGCUAUUCGGUUCCGAUCAACCUCAUCGAGUUCUGCCGGUGCUCAAGGAGGCCCUGGAGACGUUGUAUGCAGUAAGAUCGCAACACAGUUGUCGGACAGGGUGUCACAACUGCAGAGGCUGCAAGGAUUUCCGCAACGCGAGACGUGUGACCUCGUGAUAGUGGACCGGGCGUUCGACCCGGUAGCACCAGUUAUCCAUGAGUUUACUUAUGAGGCGAUGCUGCACGACCUGCUGGAAGUCGACGGCACCAAGUUCAAAUACGAGGUUACUACGAGCGGUGGAAGAACCGAAACAAAGGAAGUGCUGCUGGAGGAACAUGACAGUCUAUGGAUGGAAUUGCGAGAUUCGCACAUUGCAGAAGUUAACAUAAAGCUGGAUGAGAAAAUGAGCAAGUUCCGGUCAAUGAACAAGGUCGCAAUGAUAAAGCUGGGCCGCGAUUCGCAACAGGACUUGUCGACGAAGGAUAUUAAGACGAUGGUUCAGGCUCUGCCUCAGUACCGUGAUCAGAUCGACAAGUUGGGACUGCAUGUCCAUAUUGCGACUAAGCUUAUGGACAGAUUCAAGGAGAAGCGGCUCAAGGAAAUCGCCAACCUGGAGCAAGACUUGGUCUUUGGAGACGCAACGAGUAAAGAAAUGCAGGCGUUGUUCAUGGCCAUCCCGAACAUGCACCCGGAGGAUAAACUGCGACUGCUAAUGAUAUACGCGGCAUCUCAUCCAGAGAAAUUGGAUCCAAAGAAGGAGAGACAGUGGAUGAAAAUACUGGAAAUCAGCGGGGAGGACUGGAAUGCAGUAAACAACCUAGAACAUCUUGGUGUGUCGGUGUUCAAGAAAUCUUCGAGCGCGUUCCUGAAGUUUGGAAUGAAGAAGUCGAGAAGACCGAUGCGAAAGGACCGGCAAGAGGAUGAAGGCCAGUGGGACCUGUCCAAGUUCUCGCCGUUAUUGCAGGAUGUUGUCGAAGAUCUGGCAAAGGGGGAGCUUUCCAAGGAAGAAUAUCCGUAUGUGAAGGAGCCAUCCGUAGUGGAUACGUCGUCGUCCUCAGGAAGGGCAGGCGGUACAUCUGUGAGGGCGCCGACUUGGGCAAAGAAGAGGGGGGAUAAAGCUGAAGGGGAUGGUGGCAGAGGUCCGCUUUCGGGCCCCCGAGGGAGGAGAAUUUUUGUAUUCAUCGUAGGCGGGAUGACGCCGUCCGAGUUGCGGACGGCACACAAGCUGACUUCGCAGUUGAAGAGGGAGGUGGUUGUAGGAUCAACAAGCGUUGAUAAUCCUCACAGGUUCUUGCAGAAUAUGAAGCUCUUGAGUCAGUUAGAUACGCUCGACAUUUAGAUACUCGAUCGAUGACGGACCGUAUCUCUGAAGGGUUGGGUUGAAGAUUCCAUUGUGGUGAAAGGCUCUUCUGUAACGACGAUCAGAAUCGACCAGCUGGAGGCACGUUUUCUUCCCUGGAGAAACACAUUAGCUGGCAUCGGCCACGUGGGCACAAGUAGGUUGGGUGCUAAUCAAGUUGGCUGCCUGGCCUGCGAAGGUGUGCGGGAGACAGGGAGGUAUGCUGACAGGCUGGAGAACUGGCGGGUCAGAAGAGGUAGGUAAUAAUCUGUGAAUAUAUAUUUGCUUGCUACAGCUGUAGUCAUUUGUUCGCAGUGACAGGACAUAACCAUGCGGUGGCUCUUCAACGAUGGACCAACGACAGCAACUGAUGAUGGUGUCGCAAUCGCUGCAGGAAGAAGGUAGCAGCAUCGAUCAUGCAUAUGUUCCUGGGCAAUGCUCAUUCUUUUGCUCUUUAGGGUUGAACAAAUCUCUGCUGCUUGGAGUUUUUUUGUGGGUAUAAUUGCGACAGUUUGCAGUAGUGUUUCACCAGUUUUAAACUUCAAAGCAAUUUAUUAUGUCCUUUCAGUGCAGCAACUGCAGCAACUGCAGCGACUGACUUACAGAGGUGAGCAGAGGAAUGCAGAGGAAAAAGAAGGAAAGAAGAAGACGGAGGAAGGAAUGAACGAACCAGAAAGGAGAAACAAAAGGAGAAGAUACAGGAAAGGAGAGUUAAUACAGGAGGCUGAGGAGGGAAUUGAAGAGGGGGGUGUGGUAAAAAAAAGAGCAAGGAGGCAUGAGGAGGAAGAACAACAAGAUCAGGGAAAAUGAUAAAGGGGAGAAGAGAAGAAAGGGGGGAAAAGAUGAAGGUGAGGCCAAGGGGGUCAGAAGGGGUCAGGACGGGUAGUCGGAGUUUGUGCCAUCCCGUAGUAGCUGGGUGUAAUUGUUGUGCAGGACCUGCCACGAUAUGCACUUGGUAAAUGACGCAAGCGACCCGGUUUUGGCGUUAACACCUGAGAUCCUUUUGUGAAUGCCAUUUCUGGGGUCUGGGAUAGAGUUGGGGCAAGAAUGAGGAUGCAGGGGGGUGAUAAGUGGUGAGUACCAUUUGGGAAUUUGCCUAGCCUCUUGUAGUUUCUCUGCGUGCAUAUGACGCAUAUAUAGUUUGUAUGGAAUGUAUAUGUAGUAUGUGGCUGGGAUGCAAUUCUUAUUGUUGGGAUAUUAAUAUCGUAUUGGCUGCAAUCAGUAAAUGCAAGGCUUUAGC